AUGCCAGUGUUCGGCCCCCCCGUAGAUUUACCGCCCUUCUACAGCGAGCCCACGCAGGAGCUCAUUUCCUCCGACCCUCGUAUGAGGGUUACAGAGGCUGCAUGCAUAGCAGACGAUGCCGAUUGUGCGUCUGCAAGCGUUCAAGACUUGCUAGACACGGGCACCGACCCCCGGGAUCUGCAAAUCUGUUUAAGCAGAGCUACUCAGUCUGGUCACGAGGAGGUGGUGCAGAUGCUUCUAUCGAUCGGCGUGCCUGUGUCUCUGGAGGCUGUCAAGGUCGCUAUUACGAAGGAGUCGACUCGGCUGCUUUCAAUGUUUUUGGAGUAUGGGUGGGACAUUAAUGAGGAAGAGGCGUGGUGCGUUCCUCCCAUUUUAUCAUUUGCCAUUUCUAUGAAUGUAUCCGAGUCUCUCAUCGCUUGGUUCCUCAGCAACGGAGCUGAUCCAAACGCAACCUGCCAGAUGGACAUGACGCCCCUAUCAGAUGCUGUAGCGCUAGCACCAUACUCCAUCGUAGAUCGAAUGCUCACACACUGCCCGCCUACUACAGUCCUUCGGGGUCAACUCCUCCAUCACGCAGCUGGCCGGUCCACACCAGAAGACUGCGACGCAAUUCUCCAGCUGGUCCUUCAAAGAUGCCCACCAACCGAUAUCAAUGCUCUGAUGUACGAAGACCAUGCCUUCUCCUAUGAAGUUCGCAAGAUUGUAGGCUUGGGCACUCCUCUCCACGGCGCUGCGAGGCUGGGGCGGUUGAGCGCGAUUCGAAUUUUGAUCGCGAAUGGCGCUGAUUUGGGCUUGCGUGACUCUUGCGGGAACACUGCGUUGGAAGUGGCUGAGCGUCAAGGCCAUCUUGCCGUCGUGGACGAACUGAAGUCUUUGAUGAUAGCGACUGCGAGUUGACUCGCGAAAGAUUUUGCAAGGCGAAUAUGUGGAAGCGAUAGGUGAUGAUGAAGAGAGAGAGAGAGAGAGAGAGAGAAAGAGAGCAGCCCAGCAGUACUAUUAACAACGACUAAGUAAGU